UUAGCGCGACGCGCGCCUAUGAAGUAAAAAGGGCGACAAUUGCUUCCCACCGCCCGCUUUCACCUGUCGAUGCCGCAGUAUUUUGUGGGAAGGUAGGUAGUUCUAGCGCUAGUUGUCAGGUCCCGGGCAACCCGAGCCCAAACUAACCUUCCCAGCAAGCAGCUCACCAGCCUGGGAAGAGGGGCAAGAUGGCGGAUGCGGAAGAAGGUGUUUUGCGGCCGGCGGGAGCCUCCACUGCCCCGAUUUCGUUCAGCUUUAGUCGCACGUCCGCCCGGAGACGGCUGGCGGGCCCAGGAGACGGCGCGGGUGCGGCCCCGGAGGAGAAGGAUUUCUUGAAGACCGUGGAAGGGAGGGAGUUGCAGAGUGUAAAGCCCUCAGAAGCCCCCAAGGAACUCGUCAUCCCCUUGAUCCAGUAUGGCCAUCGCAGGCAGCCACCAACCCAGGCCCCGGGGCCAUCCACAGAUAUUGAGGCCAUGGGGGAUGGGGUGCUGUCCCAGGCUGUGAAGGAGCUCAUUGAGGAAUCCAAGAAGUCUCUGGAGGAGAGCGAGAAUGCAGGUGUUGACCCCACGCUCGCUAUCCCCAUGAUCCAGAAAGGAUGCACUCCCAACGGGGAAGGCACAGACAGUGAACCCCAGGCUGAGACAGUGCCGGAGGAGGCCAAUUACGAGGCAGUCCCUGUGGAGGCCUACGGGCUGGCCAUGCUGCGGGGCAUGGGCUGGAAACCCGGCCAGGGCAUCGGCCGUACCUUCAAUCAAGUGGUGAAGCCCCGUGUCAACUCACUGAGGCCCAAAGGGUUAGGGCUGGGCGCCAACCUGACUGAGGUCCAGGCCCUGGCCCCCUCGGGUCCCCACCGCCCGCUGAGGCCAGAUGAGCAAGAGAAGGAUAAGGAAGAUCAGCCUCAAGGCCUGGUGCCUGGAGGAGCUGUGAUGGUUCUUUCUGGCCCUCACCGAGGCCUCUAUGGGAAGGUGGAAGGCCUCGAUCCUGACAAUGUCCGGGCCAUGGUUCGUCUGGCCGUGGGGGGCCGCAUGGUGACUGUUAGUGAGUACUGCCUGCGGCCUGUCUCCCAGCAGGAGUUUGACAGGAACUCCUUGGAUCUCAGCCAGGUGAGCAAACCAUCCCCAAGGCAGCAGAACGGAACAGCCUCAUCAGAGAAGGCCCUCCAGGCUCAUGACCUCCCCUCCCGGCAGGAGGACUCAGUGAGGAAACGGAAACACCUUCCAGACCGACAGGACGAACCUAUAGCCAAGAGUGAGAAAGCAGCCCCCAGGAGUCAGCACUGGUUGCACAGGGACCUGCGUGUGCGGUUUGUGGAUAAGCUGCAUAAGGGCGGCCAUUAUUACAAUACCAAGAUGACAAUUGAAGAUGUCCUCAGCCCAGAUACCUGUGUGUGUCGGACAGAUGAAGGCUGGGUCCUGGAAGGAAUCAGGGAAGACAUGCUGGAGACCCUUGUCCCCAAGGUGGAGGGCAACCGGGUGAUGGUGGUGCUGGGGCCACUGGCUGGAAGGCUGGGCCGUCUGCUGGGCUGGGACAGAGAGCGGAGCCAGGCUUUGGUGCAGCUUCGGAGAGAGAAUCGGCUGGUGGAGCUUCACUAUGAUGCUGUCUGCGAGUACAUGGGCCCCCAGGACUCAGAUGAAGACUGACCCGUGGGGCCACCCCGUACCCCAGGUGGUUAUUAGUCUGUACAGUGUGAAAAGGCCACCUUGGUGAAGGUGGCGCGGUCAUUGUUCCGUCCUGCACUUACAGUGCAGCCCUGGAACAGGGACAGGGCACGUGAUGGGUGGACUAAAAGGGAGGCUAGAAACAAACCUAGUAUUUCCCAGCAGUUAGUAUAUAAUAAAAACCAUUUCGACUACUUAGUAAACCAGAGCGCUCAUAAAUGGUGUGCUGAGCUGUGAGUGGAGGUGGGAGCCACGGUGAGGUGGGAACCAUUCCAUUUUUCAGCCCCACCACCCUGCUUGGGCUGCCAGACAAGUUAAAGGAUCCAUUCGCUCACGAGCUCAUUCUCGGAACACAGAAGCUAGGAAAUCUGUCCCCUAAGCACAUACUGUGCAGUCUAGAAUGCCACAUCUCAGGACAACUUCCUAAGCAAGCAUCCCAGCAGUGGCUCUGCUUCUACUCUUGGUCCAGAGCAGACUCCCAGAGGAUAUCUUGAGCCGAUGAUGGGAGUCCAGAUGAAGGGAGGCAUCAACCCACGAGUGAGAUGUGUUAGCACUACUUUCCAGAGGAGCCAGUUAAUUUUGGGGCCCCCGUUUUAGUCCCAAGACUUUGGCUUGAAGGUAAAAAGUUUUGUCUGUCUCAGGUGGAAUUUCUCUAGUUGCUCCAGGUAACUGGAUUCUCAAAAAGGUUAUUAUUAUCAAAGAAUCGUCAAUCUUUUUCCUAUGUAACAGUCUGAAAUGCAAAAUCAGUGAGAGAAGUCAGAGCUUUAGGCAUGAUUGAUUCUAAAUCAUCCCCAGUCCCUAAGUCAUUGAUGUAAUAAGUGGUACUUGAAUUAAGCCACCAGUAUAAAGUCCUGACAGGUCAGAAUGUGGCACAGUGCUGGAGAGUUUAAACAUCCCUGGAGUAGGGUAGUAAAGGUAAGCUGCUGUCCCUGCCACUGAGCAGAGGCAGGCUGCUGUUUAGAGCUGAAGUGAGCUGGCCAGAUCAAUGACCAUGUGCCCCGAAGGUAGGGGGUGAUUAGAAAACCUUCCAAUAUUUACUAACCCCAAAACAAGUACACUUACAGACUGAUUUACUUUUUUGUUACCCCUAAUUAAUUCCAGAACUCAUCUGUUUUCAAGGUCAGACAAAGAGGGUUGUUACGGCAGACAGCAGGGGACAAACCCCCACCCGCAGUUCCUCCAGUUCUUGAGUCCUCAUGACUGCAUGCACUGCCCCCGAAUUCCAGUCUGGGUUGUUUUUUUAAUCUUGGGAGGAAGCGUUGGGGUUCUAGAAGUUCCCAAUCUGGUAUGUCCAGCAGUGAGAUUCCUACGCUGUACAUGUUUCACCCAGUCAAGAAGGCUUCCUCCUUUCUCUAAAUCAUAAACCUAUCUUAGUAAUACCCUCGAGAAGGGUUUAAAGCUCCCCUGGGAGGGUCACUGGACCCCUGUGUCUGCCCUGUAAUGUGGCAUAUUCACCUGGCAGUUUUGGACAGUCCUCCGUCUCCUCCACGCACUACAAUACUUAAAAUAGAUCUUUCAUCAGAUUCCGAUUUCCUGGAGUUAACGUUUCUCCCCAGCCUGCCUUUGAAACAGGGAAGUUCUUGAGUAGGGCCCCAUGUCCAGAACACCUAGCCCUAGGCAGAGCACCUGGCUCCCCCGACAGGUCACUGGGGCUUUUUGUGCAUUCCCUGAGAGGACCCCUCCUGGCCCUCAGUCUGAAGACAGGGCUCCUUAUACUUUGAGAAGUGUAGACAAUAUCAGAAGGAUUUCCCAAUUUGCCCUUUGUUCACUGCGCACAAAGACAUGUUUCUCAGACCCUUUGAGUCUGUGCCGUUUUCUCUCGGCUUGCUGCCUAGCACUUGCAUGCUGCCAAGGUUGCCCCUUGGGUCGUGUUUACUGUAGCAACAGCUUCCAUGAGCCCUUGAAUUCUCCACUCACAAGCUGGAGACCGUGACCCAUUUAAUCUGUCCAGACUGGCUUCUUCCACAUCACAGAGACUGAGCAAGACGUGGGUGAAGAAGCAUCUGCCUCUUUUGCCAAAUGCCCAGCAGUUUCCCUGGCAGGGUGCUGCUUCUGUUAAAAACUGUCUAGACACUGGGGCGGCCAGAUGGCUUAGUUGGUUAGAGUAUGAGCGCUUAACAACAAGGUUGCCGGUUCGAUUCCCACAUGGGCCAGUGAGCUGCGCCCUCCACAACUAGAUUGAAAAACAACAACUUGACAUCCUGGAAAAACACACUGUUCCCCAAUAUUCCCCAUUUAAAAAAACAACUGUCUAGACACUGAACCAGGUAUUUGUAGCUGCAGACUCAAUAAGCAGCUUCUUUGCCUUUCAGUGAGAAGUGAAUUAUUGGGGUGAUUGGGACUGCUGCCUCAGCUAAGCUCGGGUGGCGGAUAUAUACCAUUAGACUCUGACAUGCCUUCCUCAGCUGGGGUGUGCACCCCACCCGCCUUGGAGCCUCUGAACCUCCAUGUCUGCAGCAUCACACAGAUGGAUAAGUACCCAGCACUUUGGCAAACUAUAUAAGGGGGAGUUGGGUACUCACCACAGGUCCCUAUUGCCCUCAAUUCAUUCUACAAGCACCUAUUGAUCCCCUCCUGCAUGUCAGGUACUGUUCUGCAUACUAGGGAUCCAGUAGAGAGUACAUCAUUUCAUCCAACAAAUACCAAGUCCCACUAUUUGUAUGCCAGGCAUGAUUCUACAUCUUGGGAAGAUAGCCAUGAACAAAACAGAUAGAUCUUUGCCCUCAUGAAGCUGACUGACAUUCCAGUGGGGCUGAGAGACGAUAAGUAGCAAGCAUAAGAAGUAAAUUAUCUAGAAAGAAGGUGCUGAGAAGCAUGGCGGGGAAAGAAAGAACAGCAGGAUAAAGGGGACCCAGGGUGGGCAGCUGGCAGUAUUCAUAAGACGGCCAGGGAAGGCUUUACUUCAAAGGUGACAUUGAGCCAAAGAGAAGGAAGUGAGGGAGGGUCAUGCAGCUAUCUGGAGAACGAGUAGUCCAGGCAGGGGAAACGGUGCAAAGGCUGUGUGGUGGCACCAUUGCAGGUGUGCUUGGGGAGCAGUGAGGAAGCCAGUGUGGCCACAAGGGAGUAAAUGGGGGAGACAGAGGUAAGUGGUUAGGUCAGACAGGUACUGUCGUGCUUCAAGGGCCACACACACACACACACACGCGCGCGCGCGCUCUCACGGCCACACUAAGUACACCGACCCUCCAAAGCUUUGGCCAGUCUGACUGAUUUCCGCUAUUUGGAACUGAUUCUCCCCUGGCUGCCCAGUGGAGCUGCUGGAACUUCCCGGAAGGCUUACCCCUUCAUCAGUGCCAGUCAGGGUACUUGCCCCAAACUUGGAAAGCAUCUGUCUUCCCAGGUCUCAGAGGGAUCCUCAGCACCUGACUUCGUGCACCCCUGGUCUUUUACCACUUCUCUGGGAAAGUUCUCGUUACCUGAAGAUCACCAGACACCAGCAGCUAAAAGGGAGAAGCACCGAGCGUGUCCUCUGGUUUCCUUACAGAAUCUGACAAGAGGACUAAAUGCCACAACUUUGCUCACUAAUCGUUUGGGAGUUCUGAUCUUCCUCAUAACCUCAUCCCAUCUAGUUACAACUUUUCACAUUUGGGGCCCCAAGAGAUGACUUUUUAUGCCCUAUAUCAGAAACAUCACAAGUGACAUGCCCACGGAAAGGGACAGAGAUGGCCUAUGAAGGCAGAAGAGAGGGGUUGUAUUAUUUCUAAAAUGGCAUGUAUAUACCGGUGACACCACCACCACGAUCAUGAUAGUAAACAUGUCAUGACCCCCAAAAGUUUCCUCUGCCCCUUGUCAAUCCCUUCUUCCUGUCCCACCUCCAUCCCCAAACAACCAUUGAUCUGCUUUCUGUCACUAUUUAGUUUAGUUUGCAUUUUCUAGAGUUUUCCACAAAUGAAUCAAGUAUGUACUGUUUUUUAUCUGACACACUCUGCAAAAUUAUUGGAGAUUCAUCCAUAUAGUUCCAUGUAUGUUAACGUACCAUAGAAUCCACCUCUUUAAAGUAUACAAUUCAGUGGUUAGUGCAUUCACAAGGUUGUAUAACAUCACCACUAAUUCCAGAACAUUUUAUCACCUCUAAAAGAAACCCCAUACCAAUUAGCACUCACUCUCUAUUUGCCCCUUCCCAAGGCCCCUGGCAACUACUAACCUAUUUUCUGUCUAUGGAUUUGCCUAUUCUGGAUAUUUUAUAUACAUGAACUAUAUAAUAUGUGGCCUUCUGUGUCUGGCUUCCUUCACUCAGCAUAAUGUUUUCAAGGUUCAUGCAUGUUAUAGUAGUAUACAUCUGUACUUCAUUCCUUUUUGUGGCUUAAUAUUCCAUUGUAUGGGUAGACCACCUUUUGUUUAUCUACUUAUCUGUCGAUGGAGGUUAGUGUGCAAAUCUUUGUAUGGAUUUGUAUUUCUUUUUCUUGUGGGUAAAUGCCGAGGAAUGGAAUAACUAGAUCAUAUAAUAAGUAUGUAAAUAUGUUUAAUGUUUUAAGAAACUGUCAAUAUCCUAAUUAUCCAGCAUACUAUGUAGUAUAUAGUAAGCCUUUUUAUGAGUAAUUGUUGUAUGAAGAAAAAUUGACUUUAUGACAAAAAAACAAAAACCCUCUGAACUACCUCCAAAGGUGGCCGUACCAUUUUACAUUUCUACCAGCAUGGUGGACGUUCUAGUUCCUCCACAUCCUUGCCAGUUUUUGCUAUGGUCAGGAUUCUGAGUUUUCCAUUCCAAUAUAUGUUUCCAGUAUCUCAUUGUGGUUUUAAUUUUCAUAUCUCUAAUGACCAGUGAUAUUGAGCAUCUUUUCAGGUGUUUAUUUGCCACCUGUUUAUCUUUGGGGAAGAGUCUGUUCAAAUUCUUUGCCUAUUUUCUUUAAAUGGGCUAUUUUCUCAUUGAGUUUUGAAAGUUCUUUAUAUAUUCUAGAUACAGAUAUUAUAUCAGAUAGACACUUUGCAAGUAUUUUCUCCCAGUCUGUGGCUUGUCUUUUUAUUCUCUUAGCAAUGUUUUAUGAAAAAUAGAAAUGUUCAGUUUUGAUGAAGUUCAAUUUAUCAAUUUGUUCUUUUUGGAUUGUCCUUUCGAUGUUAUCUCUAAGAAAUCGUUGCCUAAUCCAAGGUCACAAAGGUUUUGUAGAAGUCUUAUAGUUUUAGAUUACACAUUUAAGUCUUUGAUCCAUUUUGAAUUAAUUUUUGUGCAUGGUGGGAGGUAUGGAUCCAGGCUAUUUCUUUUGCAUAUGGAUAUUCAACUAUUCCAGCACCAUUUGUUGAAAAGACUAUAUCCUUCCUCCACUGCAUUGCUUUGUGCCUUUGUCAAAAGCCAGUUAUUCACCACAAUGAAAAGGAAAAAAAUCAGUUGUUCAUGUAUGUAUGGAUUUAUUUCUGGACUCUAUCCUGUUCUAGUGAUGUAUUUAUCUAUCUGUAUGCCAAUAUCAUGCUUUGAUCACUGUAGCUUUAUAAUGAUUCUUGAAAUCAGAUAGUGUUAGCAAGCCCUGCAACUUUAUCAGUCUUUUGCAGAGUUGUUUUGGCUAGUCUAGGUCUUUUACAUUUCCAUAUGAAUUUUAGAAUCUGUUUGUCAUUUUCUGCAACAAAAGGGCCUAUUGGGAUUGAUUCAAAUGUAUAGAUCAAUUUGGGAAGAAUCGACAUGUAAAUAACAUCUAGCCUUCUGA